AUGCUCACAUCGUCCAACAUAAGACUAUCAAAGUCCCCCAACGAAGGUUUCAUUGAAGUGAAGAAUUACACAACGUGGAGAAAGGUUAUUGAGGAGAAUUGGGAUAAGAAUCGUCAAAAAAUGCUGUGUGAACACCUGGGAUUUAGCGAAACGGGCGCUAAUACUAUUAGAAACAUGGAGAUAGCUGCAAAUGAAGAAAUUGCAUCUGGAGAUUUGAUGUGUUAUAACACAGGAUCAAGUGGAACAUCCUGUUGUGUCGAUCUUGUUCCCUCUACAACGACUUCAAAUGUUAAUAUAUCGUAUGCUAAGUGUAAGAUAUGCGAUAAACCAGCGUUACUCCAAGACGAAAGUACUUUUGCAGACUCUGUGUUUUCUGGUAGUGGCUCUUCUGGUUAUAGCAAUGCAAGAUUCACCAAAGAUGGUUGGUGUACCCAGACACCACAAACACAUUAUCUUUUGAUUGAUCUUUUGAAAGACUAUCACAUCACACGAGUCGUGACAAUGGGUAACAAAGAUCAGACAAAGUGGAGUAAUCAAUACACAAUGACAUACAAUAACGAUGACAGCUUUAGCAAUAGCAGACAGGUGAUCAUCGGAAACCAAAACGGCUAUCAAGCUUCGAGAACAGCUUUCAAUAUUUACAACGUGAGACAUAUCAAAAUACAAUCAACUGGAACAAAUGAUUUUUGUCUGAGAAUAGAACUCUGUGGAGAAGUCCAAAUGCCUGCUCCUGUACUGGAUAUUAAAGUUACACCAUCGAAUACCUCGGCAGAUGUCACGUGGAAGAUACCAGAACCUAAAGACUCAAGUUACAUAACGAAAUACAAUAUUUUCAUCAACGGAAAACUUCAAUACAGAAUAUCCAGAGAGAAAUAUGACAAUAAAUUUACUAUUCGUGGACUUAUACCAUACACUGACUAUAAAGUUGAGAUUGGAACAAAAGAUGGUUCAGGAGAGAAAGGCAGUAAAGUUUCUGUAGAUUUUAAAACCAAGGAAGGAGUUCCUAGUGGUCCUCCAAUGAAUGUGACCUAUACAUUCCAAAGUAAAUAUUCAAUAGAAUUAUCCUGGAUGCCUCCAGAAAGCGAUCUACGUAAUGGAAUACUGACAGGCUAUCAAGUUUGUUAUUCUUCCCAAACAAUGUCAACUAGUCCGAAGUGUACUCAAACGAAUACGACAUUGUCUUAUACUAUCGAUAAUCUUAAACCAUCGACAAAGUAUAUUGUGACUGUUGCGGCUGGUACAAGUGUUGGUUUUGGCAACAAAAGUGCGAAAAUCAUUGAAACGACAAAUGAAGGGCCAGUCAAUCUAAUCGCCUCCUCGUUUUACACUUUGACUGUAAACAUACCAAAACCACAGGAAUAUAUCAAAGAAGUUAUGGUCAUCGUGCAAAGUUCUGGGAAUGAUCAAGUUUCAAGCAAAGACAUUAAAACAAGUGAUCUCAAAAAUUUCCAGCCAAACACACGGGAUCCCUACAUCACUGCUUAUUUAAAAGCUGAUGUUUUACCCUUGAUGUUCGUAAUAGGAGAUGGCAAGAGUUACAGAUCUGAAGAAGAGACUUACCACAACCAACCCUUAACGGCAAAUUCAUAUUAUGUCGUGUUCUUAAGGUUUUUUGAAAGUCAAGAUUCAUACUACUCGACAGAGUGGAGUGAUAGUAUUCACACAAUGGGAAGACCUUCAAAUAGAAGUGGAAACCUGUCAGUUCACGAGUGUACGGAAGACAAAACCCGACUUGAUCUCCUUAUACCACUGAGUAUUCUAGCAUUGUGCCUUCUUCUCUCGUUUGGCGUAAUAAUAUAUCUAUCUCGUCGUCAAAACAGCUAUUCUAGCUCUGAAGGAGUUGGCCAAACAAUGGAGCUGGAUUCCAUUCAAAAACCUACCAAUCGGCAGACUGAAAAUGCGAACGACCGUGUCCCUGUGUACGAGAUUCCAGACGAAAUUGAGCGAAAUGAGGCUCCACACGAGACAGACAUAGGACUGGAAUCAUCGGAUUACAUGCCGUUGAAUGACAACAGAGAACCAGCAAACGUUUAUCAGUCACUGCAAACCCCCGGGACCAAUAAUGGUCAAAGUCAUCCCAAGGGGAGUGGUGAAUCAAUGGAAUACGAAAAUGUUGCUUUCAAUUGAGAUUUUAAUUCCUACUGAUAUAUUUACUAAAAAUGCAUGUAUUGCUGAACACCCUGCACAUAUAUAACACUUAAAAUUCGAGUCAUCAGACCAUUUGCUGAUUUUUUUAUUCAAGGACGUGCGAAAUUAAAUUAUCCGCAUUAACAAUACACUUAAGUUAUUCCUUCUUCACUUUUAUUAAAUAUGUAAAAUUUCGUCCAUCAGCUUAGGGCGUGAAUACCACAGGCGCUUUUUCUCGGCGAAAUGCGAAAUAUUUUUGAAUUUCGACUACUUGAAUAAAUUAAUUCAGGCAGGCGAAAUAUUUCGCAUUUCGCUUGAAAAGUUUAGCACGUAGAAAAUGUUCACUUUGUGAGCUACAGAAUUAAAAGUUUUAGUGUACUAUUAGGCUCAAU